AUGAAUGCAGUUCAUCCUCUGUAUUUGUUAGUUGUUUUAAUAUAUCCUCUGUUCAUCAAAACAUCGUCGCUUGCAUCACAAUCCUUGUCGAAAGAUGUGAACGUGAUAAAGUGCAUUGAGAGCGAGAGACAAGCUCUGCUGCUGUUUAGACAAGGGGCUGCAAAUAAAAACGAGAUUCUUGAUUCAUGGAACAGGGGAGGAGAAAAAGAUUGCUGUAAAUGGAAAGGCGUUGGCUGCAAUAAUCACACAGGUCAUGUUACUCAGCUUCGUCUUUCUUCCCUUGUUUUAGGUGGAGUAACUGGAGUUAUUGGUUUUGAUACAAGUAAUGCCUUGCUUGGUUUACCAUAUCUCAGCUACUUGGACCUCAGGAAGAAUGACAUUGUGAGUAAUCCCGAAUUCAUUGGUUCUCUCACAAACUUAGUUCACCUUGAUCUGUCAUACGCUAGUAUGAACGGAUCAAUUCCCUACCAGCUAGGGAACCUCUCCAAAUUGCAGUAUCUAGAUCUCAGCUUUAUUGAUAUAUAUGAGCCAAUCCCGAAGUUUAUUGGUUCCCUCAAGACCCUAAGACACCUUGAUCUUUCCAGAAUGUACGCUCAAGGAGUCAUUCCAGAUGAGUUUGGAAACCUCUCUAAGUUGCAGUAUCUGAAUCUUCACAACAACGAGUUGAAUGGUGCGAUUCCAAAUUUUUUCGCUCAUAUGACUGCCUUAAGGUAUCUGUAUCUCUCUUCAAAUCAACUUAAUGGUAGAAUUCCAAACUCUUUUGGUCAUAUGACUGCUUUAAAUCAUCUGGACUUCUCUGAAAAUCAACUAAUUGGCGAAAUUCCAAAUUCCAUCUUGAAUUUCUCCAGUUUGAAAGUUGUAGAUUUCAGUUACAACAACUUCACUGGCUCACUACCUGAUUUUACUCUACUUCUAUCCCUCACAGAUUUACUAGUCAAAUUUAAUCAGUUGGAUGGUUAUCUACCUAGAGUUUUUGGAAACAGGUCAACUCUGCAAUUCUUGGAUUUGUCCAAUAACCAUCUUAGAGGGUUUUUACCAGAUUUUACAGGAUUUUCAGAUUUAUAUUCAUUAAUUAUUGACAAUAAUCAGCUCUCUGGGAGUCUUCCUAAUUUUACAGGAUUAUCAUCCUUGAUUUCACUACAUCUUUCAAAUAAUAAGUUUUCUGGGAGUCUUCCGGACUUUACUGGAUGUUCAUCUUUGAAAGAAUUGGGACUCAGCAGUGGCGGACCUAGGUUAUGGGGGCAUGGGCCCCCAGUCAAUUCUCAGCCCAUCAUGUCUAGUGUCCAGUACACACAGCCCAUGUCUAAGUGUCCGGUACAGACAAAUAUCGCUGCUAGUGUUAAUAGUGUGAACGUAUCAUGUGCAUAUUUAUUAGUAAAGCCCAGCCCAUCAAAUCACAUCAACUAUAAACUGGAUCAGUUAUAA